CGCUCCCCACCACGUUGCGCGAGUGCUCGAGGUCCGCUUGCGCCUCGCUGCCACCUCCAAAAUCCCAGCCUUCGCCGUGGCUCCGCAACGCUGACAUUGUUUGCUGUCAAACAUUGGAUGCAAACACCCGUAGUGGGGUCGAACGGUACUGCUAGUGCGCUACCACCAUGAUUGGUCAGCGAGCCCCUCGAGGCACGUCGUGCCGUUACUGGUGGGCGUAGCCGAACAGCAAGUAUAAAUAGCACUCGUGGCGGGGAGAACGUCAGAAACGCGCGGCUUCUCGAUGGGAUCGUUUUAACGUUCACGUUGCUCGCAGCUGCGAACAGACAGCGAGAGCAGGGUGAAGGAGGGUGUGACAGAGAGAAAGAGAGAGAGAGAGAGAGAGAGAGAGAGAGAGAGAGUGAAAGGGGGGGGAGGCGAAAGAGAAGAAGGAAGAAGAAGAAGAAAUAAACCAAGAAGAAGAGAGAAAAAGCGUGAUUGUUCGGUGUGUUGUGUAGUAGAACAUGUAGGCAGGAAAUAAUCGAAGAAGUAGAAAUUGAGUGAACGUAUGUGACGAGGUAUGGUGUUAAUCACGUGCUUAGGGACGAAUCUGAUCUGAAAGUGCGAACACAGUACGGUGUUACGACAAAAAGGGAACGUACAAAACGAAGUAUGGUGAAUAUGGAGGGUUCGGGGGAUCAGCAUACCGUGACAGCUUCACCGCCGCCGCCACGGACUGCCCUCAAAAGCAGCUUCAGCAUCCGUAGCAUCUUGCCGGAAGCAUGUGCGGGGACCCCCGCGCCGUCGAUCAGCCAGUCUGACUCUUCCGACGUCGGUCACGCCGAUGAUAGCGACGAUAGCAGUGAUCUCGAUGUAACCGGUGGUGGCGCGGAAACGCCGCCCUUGGAUUGCUCGACGAGUGCGGCGUCCGUCAGCCCGACGAGCCAAAAAGAUACGAAAGACCAGUCGGAGGACAAGAAGAAGGCGGAAAAGCCCCCGUACAGCUACAACGCGUUAAUCAUGAUGGCCAUUCGGCAAAGCCCCGAAAAGCGGCUCACCUUAAACGGCAUUUAUGAAUACAUAAUGCGCCACUUUCCGUACUACGAAAAUAAUAAACAGGGUUGGCAAAAUUCCAUUCGGCACAAUCUAUCUCUGAACAAGUGCUUCGUUAAGGUGCCUCGUCACUAUGACGAUCCGGGAAAGGGCAAUUAUUGGAUGCUAGACCCAAGCUCCGAGGACGUAUUCAUCGGUGGUGCCACGGGGAAACUCCGGCGCAGAACCACAGCAGCUUCGAGGUCCCGACUGGCGGCCUUCAAAAGAAGCGUGGUGCUCGGCGGGCUUUAUCCGACGCCUUACGCGCCACCAGGUUGGCCGACGUCACUCUACGCUCUGCCAUCAUCGCUCUGUCUUCAUCGCGCGGUUGCGUAUCCUCCGGUGACUGGCGGCUCUUACACCACCCCCGCCGGAUAUCCCGCCAGUUUGUUGCCCGGGGCGGCGACCACUGGUUCAUCGGUUACGAGCUUGCCUUGCAAACCGCAGCCUCUCCCAGCGACGGCGGCACCGACGGCGACGGCGGCCGCGAAUCCGGCAACCCACGGAGCCUUCUCCGUCGAAAGGCUACUUCAAGCGCCGACUGGCUAUCCCGGCGGUAUCAGCAUUCCGACCUCCGGAAUCUCGCCGACGGGAAAUCCUUACCAGGACUUUUAUAGCACCCUAAGAUCUAUAACGAUACCACCGAUUCCGGCGUCGAUAUUCCAUCAGCAAUCCACUAGAUAUCAUCUCGGCCAAACGUCUCAAGUUCUAAGUCAACCUCCCUCAAGUACGACUUCGCCUGGAAGCAGUCCAGAGCCGAUGGAUCCGCAUUCACCGCCGGUUACCGUCUGCAAUCCUGCAAUCCAGCCAUCGAGGCCACUUCCUCACAGUCCGCCGCAACUACUUCUAAAACCCAUCACGGUUCUCACCGGCCGACAAAGCUGAAUCGCCAUUUAAUCGCAAUCCUCGAAUACGGCCAUCUUCAGCAAGUGCGGCACGAUCUCACUUCGCAUGGAAAAUUUCACUCAUUUUGUUAGAUUUCUAUAAAGAUGAGUGUAGCCGAUACUUGGUAAAUUUAGCUGGACUAAAUUUUCCCUCCAAAUUUAUAAAUUCAUUUUUCUGUAUUAUUGGCAACGCGAUUUUAGCAGCGAAAUGGAAAAUAUAUUUUUCCCGAGAAGAAUUUUAAAAAUGAAUUCAUACAUUAAGUAGCAUAGUAUUUAAAAUAUGAAACUCUUCGCGAUUUUAGCAUUUUUGAUGCGAAUAUCAAAGCGAUUGUAUUCAAUUUGUAUAAUUGUAUUUUGACUUAUACUUAAAUUCGUUUUCAUUUGUACAUACUUUCAUGUUCGACACAUUGCUCUCUUUCUUCACAUGUAAAUAUUACGUCAAACGACAACGUUCGUUUAUGAAACGAUAUUGUCGCUGGAGAUUUACCAAAAUGUAAAUCUUGAGAUUGAAUCUCAAUGAUUUUCGAGUUAUAAGUGAAAUAGUAUAACGAUAAAUAUAAUUAUGUAGAUAGAAUUUUAACUUGUGAUCUCUUUUUGAUGGUCCUAACAUGUACAAUGAUCAAUCGAUAAUUAUGUAUAGUCGGACUUAUAAAUAGCUAUUCUCGCAGUUUGUUAUUGCAACGUGUACAUAAAAAUUAUUGUUGCUAAAGAUAUUACAAAUAUUAUAUAUGUAUAUAGAAUUGAAGAUAAGGAUAAACGUCUGUGAGAAACAUAUAUAUGUCAGCAAAAUAAAUGUCCGAGACUUUUUUAAAAAUUCCAUGUCGCUAUAUUAAUAUUUACCUUACGACGACGCACCGAAAAAAUAUUGAAAAAUGCAACAUUUAUUAUACAAUUUAUACAAAAUGGAAAUAGCUUAUUCGAAAAAUCUCUCAACGCAUUAAUAUUGUACAGUGUAUUGUAAUAUAUUUAUUUAUUACUUCAUAUUUUUUAUUUUUUUCUACUUUUUAUUGUGACUGGGUCUAAGUACUAAUAUAUCAUACGCGUACCUUUUUUUGUUAAUAAAAAUUAUUUGAACAAAAAAA